ACAAAAAGAAAAAACGAAAAUAGUAAAGUAGAACUUUGCGCGGCCAGUUAAACUAUCAAUUAUUUAUAAAAUUAUUUACAAAUUAGUGGAAAAGAAAACGUAUAAGCUGGCUCGGAGGCCAAUGCGUUAAAUUUAUAUAGCACACAGAUACAAACUGACGCCUCAACAGCUCUGAAUCUGGUGCGGACAAAGGAUAGUUAAAAACGGUCGCCACUACUCAGCAAAAUAAAGAAACGCAGUCACGAGCCGCGAUGUCAACCGGAAGGCCCAUAAAAUGUGUCGUCGUUGGCGAUGGCACUGUCGGAAAGACUUGCAUGCUAAUCUCCUACACAACAGACAGCUUUCCCGGUGAAUAUGUGCCUACAGUUUUUGACAACUACUCCGCACCCAUGCAAGUCGACACAAUACAGGUUUCGCUGGGACUUUGGGAUACCGCUGGACAAGAGGAUUAUGAUCGCUUAAGACCGCUAUCGUACCCACAGACAGACGUUUUUCUGAUAUGUUACAGUGUCGCGAGUCCCUCAUCAUUUGAAAAUGUCACAUCGAAAUGGUAUCCGGAGAUAAAACACCACUGCCCUGACGCGCCCAUUAUUCUAGUUGGCACCAAAAUCGAUUUGCGUGACGAUCGUGAGACAUUGAGCGGCCUGGCCGAGCAAGGCUUGACGCCGCUUAAGCGUGAACAAGGUCAGAAGUUGGCGAACAAAAUACGUGCCGUGAAAUAUAUGGAAUGCUCUGCAUUAACACAACGUGGCCUGAAGCAAGUUUUCGAAGAAGCGGUACGUGCUGUGCUCAGACCAGAGCCAUUAAAGCGACGUCAACGAAAGUGUUUAGUUAUGUAAAUGUAGGCAGGGCGCAUUUUGCAUCCAACUGGCGACAAAGCGUACUCAAAACAACAAUGCAGCAUCACUCACCACACCACACUACAACAUAACUGCCCUGAACUACCAUUUAACAUUUAGCAAAUUCAACUCAUAAACUCAUUCAUUGAGCAUGUAUUUCAUUAUUUCUAUAAGUUUGAAAUUAUUUGUAUUGAUACACAAAACGACUCCCUCCCCAACAACAAUAACAAAGAAAAAGAAACAUCAAAAACUACAAUUAAAAACAGCAACACAAACACAUAUAUAUACAUACAUAGAAAUCUAGUCAAUUGAAUCGAAUGUAUUUUUACUAAUUUUAACAUAAAUCAGAACUACUUUUGCACACGACGGCGUCGCAGCUAAAUGUAAAACGCAAGCAAAGCAAGUUAUAAAGCCUCUUCAACUUUCGUUGGUUUCGCAUAUCAGUGCUAAAUUAUGAUUAAAAACAAAUUGUAUUUAUGUACGUUUCCUAUGUUUCUUUAAAUGUAUUAUAAUUAUGUAGCAAAGAAAAACCUUUCCUAAUACAUACGUAUGUAUAACAAAGCA